ACGCGCGCUGCACCACCGCCCUGUCUGCACUGCACAAGCUCCCGGGUCUCAUUGUGUGUCCUGAUCUGCUCAUCGGUUCCACUUGGAUCUGCUCGACAGAGAAAAUAAGCUACAGCUCCAACGACGGCAUGGAGAUAGAGAGGAUGAUGGGGUGCCAGAUCCCGGCGUUUGGUGUGUGGAACUACUGUAACGACCUCUCCAUCACGCAGUACUUCGACUCCGCAAUGCAGGCACGGUUGAUAAAGCGCUGGGACCGCCGCGGCGACGGCUUAGUUGCCGUCGAGAAGAGCAUGGUCUGCGGCACACCUCUUGUCUUGUUCAGGACCCCGUCGGCGUCUUUUCAACGCAAGCCAGCCCAGAUAAAGGUUAUAAGGAGAGAAGUGGAGAACCACUGCAGUUCCGACGAGCUGGAGGACGGCGCCAUACAAGCUGAUGUGGUUGGAGCAUAUGCAAUGAAGCGUAAGGUUGUCUGUAAACCUGUGGAUGAGGACCUGUACAAGGUGCCUGAGCCUCUGCUGUACCGAAAACCUAGAAAGACGAGGAAGGUGGUCUGGAGUAUGUGGAUUGGAUGCCUGGGUCUGGAUUGCAUUGCUUAAGAAACUGCGACAUAGCUUAUAUAUUUCUAGUUUUAUUUCUUUAGUUCAGAAAUAAUUAUUGAUCCAGCAGAGAUCAGCACGUGCUUAUUCUCUUUGCUCUAAUUUACUAUGCAAUUAUUUUAUUUAUAUAUAUCUUUUUCUUGGAUAAAUAAUAACUGAGUAUGAAAUCUUUGAAACUUAGUA